GGAGGAGACCGACGCGUCUUUACAGCUGCGUCGAGACCCGCUUGCCGGGACUGGGCUCUCGGGGCUGGGGAGGGAAUCAGUGCGCAGAAUGUUAGGGGAAAGCUGAAUGGGACGGUAUAAAAACUGGAACUGUUGGUGAGGAUGGAAAAAGGAAGACUGCAGGAAAGGCAGGAGAAGAUCCCAGGUGCCUUGGAUCAGCAGGCAGGGCUUAAAAUCAAAUGUCAGAGAUAGCUCAGGAACUCCUCCGUCCCCCAGCCCCAUCAUCCAAGUGUAGGAAAAACUGGUGAGAAUCAAACUAAAAAACAGAAAGACAGAGAGAGGGACACAGAGAGACAUCUUUUCCCUCUUGCCUCUAAUAGUAGUAGUAAUAUCAGCGUUCGUAUUCACAUUAUUAAUAUACCUGUUCCCAACCCUUCAUCCCCCUCAAGUUGUGCCAUGAAUACUCCUGCCAAGCGAGCCCGAUCUUUUGGCCACCCACCAACCAGCAUCCAAGAGUUAUGCAGGGGUUGAGACAGGAAAACCCGGCGUGGAUUCCCCCUCCUCGACCCCUCUCCCACCUACCACCCUCGCCCCCACCCUGCCGUGGUCGGGGGCGCCUGGCCGGCCCUUGAGCUCUGCACCCAAGUAAGGAGGGCGUCCGUGCUAGCCCCUCGCCCAGGCUUGGCCCAACUUCAGUCCCAGUUGGUCUCGAUUCUCAGCGCUGGACGCGCAGGAAGUUGUUUGGUGCUCUAGUGAAGGCCGCCCGCCUUUGGCAGAGCUUUUUUUUCCAGAGUUCAAGAAGAUGAGAGAGAUUGGGGGCCGCUACCAACCCGAGAGCAACCUCCCGGCUCAGGGUGAAGACUAACAGCUCAAGGCGUCGGGCCACAAGAGAAAAGUGAUCGCCCAAACAGAAAUUGUUUGCUUGCGGCCAUCACCCUGACACCUCGGGGGCCCGUCCGGCCUAAAGAGCACCGCGACUGGGCGCCACUGAGAUCAAGGCGCUGUCCUGGGAGCGAAGCACUGGCUUUGCAAAGUACCAAGGCCGUCUGAACGCGAGCCUCAAGGCCUCGCCUCCAGGAAGCGAGGUCCUCUGGUUGGUGGAAGGGGCGCACGUCGCCCAAGUGGCACCCACAGGCCUCACAUCAGAGUAAGCUAGGGCUUCGGGCCAGCCCGAAGGGCUAAAGGGGAAUCUACAGGAAGAAGAUGGAGAACUUAGGAACUUGCUAGUUAAAAACAAACAAACAAAAAAAAAUGGUUCGGGCGAGUGCCCGCUGUCCCCUUAUCCUCCGCUGCCCACCCCAUCCCCGCCGGCCUUUCCGGACUCCAGUCCAGGCUUUGCUCUGAGCCCGCAGCCCUGCGCAGCCCGGCCUCUGGCGAGAGCCAAUCAGAGGGCGCCUCUCAGCACGUGGAGAAGAGAGACUCCAGAGCUCCGCGCCCGCAGCUCACUACACUUGUUACUGCUUGUCCUGAGCGCGGAGAGGGCGAGCUCGGGCCGCGGACAGGGCGGGAGCCAGCAGCCGGCAAGCAAGGGAGGCAGAGAGGCACAGAGAUCGCAGUAAUAUCCAUUAUAACCAGCCAUCUAACCCCACUCCCCAACACACACCCAUCCAUCCCACCCUCCAGGAGAGGCAGCCAGCGGCCCGGCUCCCUGCGGCCAGGGAAAAAGCCCCAGCCAUGAGCAAUCAGUACCAGGAGGAGGGCUGUUCCGAGAGGCCCGAGUGCAAAAGUAAAUCUCCAACUUUGCUCUCCUCCUACUGCAUCGACAGCAUCCUGGGCCGGAGGAGCCCAUGCAAAAUGCGGCUGCUGGGAGCCGCGCAGAGCUUGCCCGCCCCACUGGCCAGCCGCGCCGACCAGGAAAAGGCCGUGCAAGGCUCCCCCAAGGGCAGCAGCGCCCCGUUCGAGGCUGAGCUGCACCUGCCGCCCAAGCUGCGGCGCCUGUACGGCCCGGGCGGGGGCCGCCUCCUCCGCCUCGGCGCGGCCAGCGGCCCCGGUGGCGCCCCGGCGGCGGGUGGCGGUACGGGCGCCGAGGACGACGAGGAGGAGCUGCUGGAGGAUGAAGAGGACGAAGACGAGGAAGAGGAGCUGUUGGAGGACGACGAGGAGGAGCUGCUGGAGGACGACGCCCGCGCGCUGCUCAAGGAGCCCCGGCGCUGCGCCGUGGCCGCCACUGGUGCGGUGGCCGCCGCCGCCGCCGCCGCCGCUGCGGCCACUGAGGGCGGGGAGCUAUCGCCUAAGGAGGAGCUCCUGCUGCACCCUGAGGACGCUGAGGGCAAGGACGGCGAGGACAGCGUGUGUCUGUCUGCGGGCAGCGAUUCGGAAGAGGGGCUGCUGAAGCGCAAACAGCGGCGCUACCGCACCACGUUCACCAGCUACCAGCUGGAGGAACUGGAGCGGGCCUUCCAGAAGACGCACUACCCAGACGUCUUCACUAGGGAGGAAUUGGCCAUGAGGCUGGACUUGACGGAGGCCCGAGUCCAGGUCUGGUUCCAGAACCGUCGGGCGAAGUGGCGCAAGCGGGAGAAGGCGGGCGCGCAGACCCAUCCUCCCGGGCUGCCCUUCCCCGGGCCGCUCUCGGCCACCCACCCGCUGAGCCCCUACCUGGACGCCAGCCCCUUCCCUCCGCACCACCCAGCGCUCGACUCGGCCUGGACGGCCGCCCACGCCGCCGCCGCCGCCGCCUUCCCGAGCCUACCUCCGCCUCCUGGCUCGGCCAGCCUGCCGCCCAGCGGGGCGCCGCUGGGCCUGAGCACUUUCCUCGGAGCCGCUGUGUUCCGACACCCGGCCUUCAUCAGCCCUGCGUUCGGCAGGCUCUUUUCCACCAUGGCCCCCCUGACCAGCGCGUCGACCGCGGCCGCGCUCCUGAGACAGCCCACGCCGGCCGUGGAGGGCGCGGUGGCGUCGGGCGCGCUGGCCGACCCGGCCACCGCGGCCGCAGACAGACGCGCCUCUAGCAUAGCGGCGCUGAGGCUCAAGGCCAAGGAGCACGCCGCGCAGCUCACGCAGCUCAACAUCCUGCCGGGCACCAGCACGGGCAAGGAGGUGUGCUAAAGGCUGCCCUCCACCCUCGCGCCCCGGGCGCACCCCGAAAGGUCACCUCACUCAGCACCACUCAAGACCAAAUGGAAACAGAGGACCAGCACACUCCCGAGACGGCACUGAGAGAGCGCAGCCGCCUUCGCAGCAGCCUGGAUGCGGGCAAGGCAGCCCCUGGCGCUCCCGGACGUGGCACCUCCUCGGCUGGCUGUCCACCCGCCCCUGCCCCUGCCCCCUGUCCCCGCCACUGCCAACCUCACUGCCCCUCGAACGUCCACUCUCUCCCGUUCUUACUUUGCUGAAAAUAUCGGGGAGGUUUUCUCUCCAAGACACCUGGUACUGAAGUUAAAAAAUUAGAAAACCCAACCCCGCCUCCCUUCUGGCACCCCACUUAGCUUUUUUUUUUUUUAAACAGCAUUUUGGCGCUCUAAGUUGAUCUCCCCAGCGUGGGCCCCGGUGUGAAGCCAGGGCCAGGGAAGCGAAUGCGAAUCUGUAAGAUAGCUAACAGUGCACUUAACAGAAAGGGGCGUCUUGUUCUUGUUCUCUUCUUUAUCAUACACCAACCAAGGUUUUUAUAUCAAACCAAAGGGAAUUACUCUGCUAGAAUAUGGACUGUUGAAGUCACCAAACUGUGAUUAUUGAUUCUGUACAUACCAUUGUUAUUAAAAAAAAAAAAAAA